AUGUUAAGAAGAAGAAAAAAAAGGAGCAAACUUGUUCGAAUGAACGAAGAGGAACGUAUGCGUUAUAUGCAACAUCGUCUUGAAUUUGAAUUAGAAACUAAAAGACGUAAACAACAAUUAAUUGCUGUCUUUGCAAAGAACAAAUUAAAACGCGAAGAAGUAUUUUCAAAAUUGAAUAUUGCAAAAAUUAAUGAAAAAUGGAGAUAUGUUUUGCGACAAAUAAGAUGCAAGGAAUUUCAUAAAAACGUAAAAUAUCUCCGUACAACUUUUGAUGGAGUAGUAAAAAUUAAAGAUGCAACAAUUUCUUAUUUAUAUAAUGAACUAAAAAUAGUAGAUACAAAUCAUAAAAAACUUCAAGAAACUUACAUUUUAUUGAUCGAUAAUAUAAUUGCGAUAUAUAAACGGCAAUUGGUAGAGUUACAUGAUAUGUAUAAAUUAAAUAAUGUUAAAAUGAAUAGUAUGAUAGAGCUAACUGAAUUGAGAAAUUACAUAGGACGAUAUAAAGAAAUUGCUAACAAUAUAACCAGAAGAUGCAUAAUUUUUGACCAAACGCAAACUAUAAGAAAAACAUACAACGCUACUAAUAUUUUUAAUAUUUUAUAUUUGGUAAUAACUUGUUUGACAAUAUUCAUUUACCGUGGGAAGGACGUGGCGUCGGAUUUUAAAUAUCAAGCUUUUUUAAAAGUAGAAAAGUUUUGGGAACAGUUGUGUAGAAUAAUAAAUGAAUGUCAAAGAAUAGUUGAAAACAAGAAAAAGCAGUAUGAAUAUCUAAAGGAACAAGAUGAUGUUCAUCAAAUGUGUAUAUUACAGUAUCCAAAGAUAUAUUUACAAUUGCAAGAUAUAACUGAAACUUUAAAAGUCAAUAUACGAAUACUAUCGCAAAAGAGAAAAGUACAAAUUGCAAAACUUAAAAUGAAAGAUACAAACAUACGUGAAAGAUACAAAGAUAUUAAAUAUAAAUUUACUGUAACUCGAAUGAUAGAUUCUGUACGGUUGAAAAAAAUGAUUGUUAGAAGCAAUGAAGUUUUGAGACACUUGCAAAGAAUUUUAAAAAAAAGUUCCACGAUUCUUGAACUAAUUGAAAUAUGCACCACUUUGGAACCUUUAUUUUUUAAUUUGAAGAAAUAUUUUAUGCAAAAUGCAUUUUAUACUGAAUACGUCGAUCUUAAUAUUCCUGAAUCGUGUGCUAAAGUCGAAAAUUUUUGGCAAUAUUAUAAUUAUAUAAAAGGAAAUAAUAUUUUAUUAAAAAGACAAAAUAACGAACUUUGUAGAGAGAAUAAAAAAUUGAAAUGUAAACUGCAAGUAUAUUUCUCGGUAGAUUUAGGUAUGUUGAUAUAUUUAAUUACUUCGUUGUUUUAUUUUUUAUUAUAAAUAAAAAAAAAAUAUAGUAAAAGCGAGAAUCUAUAUAUUAUAGUUUUUAUUUAACAUAUACCAAUUUUAUUUCAGGAAUAGUUACGAACACGAAUUUUAAGUCCCUCGAUAAAGAGAAAGAACGCACCUAA